AUGACUUCAUUCACUUGCCCGCCUGGCAGCAGUCAAGGUACCUUCUCUACCCUUCGAUCAUAUCUUGACACGCGUCGCCGGGGCAGCAACGAUUCCGAUUGCACGGAAAUUAUAACCCAAGAGGAUGCCAAUGAAGACGGCAAUAAUGUUCAGAUUAAACAAUCAGAAAAAAAACCCUAUAAUCCCAUGUCACCUACCAAGCGAGACUUGCCCUGCUGUUAUGAUACAAACUUGGUAGUCAGUCAACUACCAGCUCGCGCAGCCACUGUGGACCCCUCGUCUACUUCUACUGAUCAACCUCUAUCAUCUUCAGAUGAAAUAAUUGCUUCUAAACGACUUUCUCUAACCACUGAGAUAGAAAAAGAUCAGGGGGAAGAAGAAUUCUACUAUUUGAGCAGCCUAAUCACUGUCUCUGGCCAAGAACCACCAAGUUUACGCAGACAAAUAUCAAGUAUCUGCCUUACCGAGAAGUAUUGCCAAUCAGCUGACAACAAACCUGCAUUACAGCACAAUCAAAAUACUACAAGUCUCCCCAGACGGCCUGGUCAAAGGGUGCCCCUCAAACCUGUUCGAUACAGCUCCUUGCCUGCUGUCUAUGUGAUACCCAAGAAUAUUAGACUUAGGCCGGAGGUGCGUUUCUAA